AUGCUCGUCAACAGUCUGAACCUUGGAUAUGACGCCGAGGAGAUUCGCUCGAAAUUAGUGGCUAGGGUUGUGAGCGUCGUUGCUUCGGGGGAUGCAGAGCUAAGUGUGACGGCUGCUGUCGAUUUGGUCAACAAAUGCAUCGACCUAUUUCUACAGUAUAUGUUUCCAAGCACACCAAUCGCCCACGAGCGCACACUCCGCGCUGGAGCCUCACUCUUCCUCUCAGAGCAUAGUCUACGCGCACCGGAGUCCAUGAGACCUCGUGAUGGCCAGGACCAGACGUCCUUCGCGAAGAAUUUCACCCUCAUCACUGCGCUCUGCGCCUUCGUCAUGUCUGUAAUGCCCAACUCGCUGCUACCUAUAGGCAAGGAGCUUGCCGGGCCGUUCUACCAGGCGUCCAAAGCGAUGUUCCGACUGUAUGAAGAGCAUGAUCUGCAACAUCCCGACUCAACUUCACUGACCAUCCGCAUAUGGUACUCGAGCGCAAUCCAGAACAUGACGGGCAAGGCCGGCGCGGCAUGGCACUAUCACACCGAAGCCUCCGUCUUGGCGCUGCGCUUGAGACUGUACGACGAGCAAGCCAUUUGUCGACCUUCAGCGGUAGAAUCGCGGCUGCUACGUGCGAACUUCUGGCUACUCUAUCAGUCAGACAAGGCCGCAGUGGCCCUGGAGAACCGUCCCUCAAUUCUGGGCGAGCACCUCUUCGAGGACGACCUGACUCUGCUCGAGCAGGGCGACCAGCACGAGCCUCUCCUCGACGAGACAAAAAAGCUCGCGCAAGGAGCGCUAGAACAGCGAAUUGUGUUUGGAUUUCAUCUCAAGGCGCGUAUAUGGACGGCUGCCGGAAAGUUGGUCGCAGACAUCAAGUCAUACUCGCGCUGGCGGAAGCAGUUGGGCUCAGAUAACACCCGCAAAGACGUGGAUGCAGCGUACAGGGCUAUGAUUGAGGCGAACCUGUGUUUCUCUACACUCACAUCUAACCUCGAGCCAUGGUUACAGGAUCCCGACAGCAUCGAAGCUGUUGAUCCAAGGGUGGCGGCGUAUCAGAAAACGUCCUUCUGGUGCCUAAGAAGCAAUAUCAUGACGACGUAUCACUGCCUUAGGCUGGUGAUCCUGCAGAAAUGCAUCGACCACGAUCUCCUCGAGAUCGUAGGGCUCAGCACACAGCCGCUCUCAUGGGCGAUCAAGAAGGUUGACAUCGUGCAGGAUUUCCUUUAUGAGCUUCGGACCGUACCUUUCUUAUGUUACAAGGUUCAGGGCGAGGCUGGGGUCGAACGUAUCCGGCGUGUCGGCAGUCUGCUUCUCGAGCUUGCUCAAAACGUCGAGAACGAGGUCAUACGAGACCGCGCAAGAUCGCAAUUCGAGCAACUGUUGGAUUUCUUGGCCAGGUUAGAUUCAAAAGCUUCGGAUGAUCUCGACAACAGACACCUAGUGAGUGUGCCAUGA